GGCGGUGCUGCUGCUGCUGCUGCUGCUGGAAAGGCGGCCCAAGGAAGGCAGCAGCCAUGGGCCCAGGGCGCCCCUGACAGCAGCCCCACCGCCAGGGCUAGGCCUCGGCGGGGAGGGAGCCCAGGAGAGGCGACCCUGAGGCUGCCUCUGCUGCGAUGCGACCAUGGACUGCAGGAUCAAGGAAAAUCCAGAGAGAACCUUUGAUUUGGUGCUGCAGGUAAAAUGCCAGGCUUCUGAAAAUGAAGAUCCUGUGGUUUUGUGGAAGUUCCCGGAGGACUUUGGAGACCAGGAAAUACUCCAGAUCAUACCUAAAUUCUGCUUUCCUUUUGACAUUGCAAGAGUGACCCAAGUUGGACAACAUUUUACCUUUGUACUUACUGAUAUUGAAAGCAAACAAAGAUUUGGAUUUUGCCGAUUAACACAAGGAGGCAAAGUAUGUCUAUGCAUUCUGAGCUACUUACCAUGGUUUGAAGUAUACUACAAACUUUUAAAUACACUGGCAGAUUAUUUGGCUAAAGAUCAGGAAGAUGACCUGAAUGAUUUGUUGGACACCUGGUAUAACCAUCCUGUGCCAGAGGCCAACACUCCUAUCAGCUUAAAUUUGAACGACGAGGUGUUUUUUGCAAGUGAGCAGGUUUUGAAAAACCAACCAGGUUUAAUAGCGCAUUCCUACUUCAUUACUCCUGAUUUAACUGGACUGCCAUCAGUACCUGAAAGUAGAAAUCUUACUGAAUAUUUUGUUGCUGUGGAUGUGAACAACAUGCUGCAACUUUAUGCCAGCAUGUUGCAUGAGAGGCGCAUCAUUAUUACCUCCAGCAAACUAAGCACUUUAACUGCUUGUGUCCAUGGGUCAGCUUCAUUGCUAUAUCCAAUGUACUGGCAACACAUAUACAUCCCAGUCCUCCCUCCACAUCUUUUGGACUACUGCUGUGCACCAAUGCCAUAUUUGAUUGGAGUUCACUUCAGCCUCAUGGAGAGGGUGAAAAGUAAAUCGCUUGAGGAUGUGGUGAUGCUAAAUGUUGACACAAACACUUUGGAAACACCAUUUAAUGACCUCAGCAACCUGCCGAGUGAAGUGGUCUCGGCCUUGAAAAAUAAACUGAAGAAGCAGUCCACAGCUACUGGUGAUGGAGUUGCCAGGGCCUUUCUUAGAGCACAGGCCGCAUUGUUUGGAUCUUACAGAGAUGCACUAAGAUACAAGCCUGGAGAGCCUGUCAGUUUCUGUGAAGAAAGUUUUGUUAAACAUCGUUCCAGCACUACCAAACAAUUUCUGGAAACUGCAGUCAAUCUUCAACUUUUUAAGCAGUUUAUUGAAGGCCGGCUCGCAAAGCUCAAUGCAGGAAAAGGAUUCUCUGAUAUCUUUGAAGAAGAAAUAUCUUCAGGUGGCUUCAGUGGAGGAAAUUCAAGAUCAUAUCACCAGUGGGUAUGUACAGUAAAGAAAGGAGGUGCCUUGAUCAACACAGCAAUGAACAAAGCCAGCCCAGCAAUGAGAACAGUAUACCGAUAUGCAAAAAAUCAUGCAAAACAGGGAAUAAAAGAGGUGAAGAGUAAGUUGAAACACAAGGAAACAGAAGAUGAGUAUGGAACUUGCAGUUCAGGUUUUGUGCAAUACACUCCAAUCUACAUGUUGCCCAACCCACAGAGACUAAAUACAGAAAAGAGACGACUUGCACAGACACGGUUUGGACAUCUUCAUCCCAACGUGCAUAAUCUUGAUUCUACUUUGGAUGAGGAUGCUGAUGAUGAAAUGGAGAGAGGAAGCAAAUUAUCUUCGGAAGACAGUGAGGAAACAUCUUAUUAUUUGUAUGAUAGUGAUGACUCUGGGGACAUGGCCAAGACAUCUAUUCACCCUGAAGAAAUGGACUUGCUGGGAGAGAUUUUGGAUACUUUGAGUACACACAGUUCUGAUCAAGGGAAGCUCUCAGGAGCAAAGAGCCUGGACUUCUUUCGAUCAAUGGAUGAUAUUGAUUACAAGACAAAGAAUAAAUCUAACACGCCAAGUGAGAGCAAUAUUGCUCUGCUUUGUAGCAGUCGGACUUCUGACUCAGCUGACUGGAAUUUUGGGCAAGAAGAAGGCAUCCUUAGUGCAAAGCAGCUUCCUCCAUCACCAAGGAAAUGUGUUCCUUCUGGUAGCCACAGGGAAUCACCCUCUCUCCUAUGUAAAGAAAGCCUUACCUGUCCCUCUGGUGUUAAUGAUGGGGACAUCCUUAAACCACACACAGAAUCUCCAGCUUCAUCUCAAAAGACUGUGCAGUUGUAUUCUCCAGCAGCUUUUCAAGGAAAGAAGACUAAAUGGAACAAAACACUAAGCAAUACCUCAGAAGAUGAGAUUUCAUCAAACUUGAGCCAGAAUCCAUCCACGCUAGUUCCAUGGGAGAGAGAACCUAAAACAGGAAAUGAAAUCCUGGAGGAGGGUGGGCUUCUUCAUGAAGUGGUGUCAUUAUGUAAAAUGACUUCUGUCUUCAGCCAUGGUUUAAACAUUUCAGAGGAUAGUUUUUCCAGUAACAGUGGAAAUAAAGCAUAAGAUUUUUUUUAUUUGUUUAUAGGGAAGAAAUUGCACUUCUUUCAAAAGCUGAAGGAAGACAACUCAGGAUUCCAUAUCACAACGCAAACCAAAAGAUCACAAAAGGAAAUGACAAAUCUUCAGUUUUAUUAAUUCUUUAGUUGUGGCUUCUCUCAUGUGUGCAUUUUCUCUAUUUAUUUUGAAUGUAUCUCAUCUUACAUUUCUUUGCUAUAUUAAGUCCAUAACAUGGGGCUGUAACUCAGCCUUUAGAAUACAUUCAGGAAAUUUCAGAUUCAAUCCCUGGUGUCUCCAAACCUAGAAGAGAUGCCGGCUUGAACAUGGCCAGUCCAUGUAGACAGUUCCAAGCUAAAUAAUCUGCUUUGGUGUAAGACAGCUUGCUAAGUUCCAUUAAUACAUUCAAGAAUCAAGGUACUAAAUGUUUAAGCUACAGCUGGUAUGUGGCACUUGAUAAUUUUUACUCUUUUCCUUCCCCUUGUGCCUAAGGAACCAUAUCUUCAGACAUAAGCACUGCAUUUUAUCAUACAGUGAAUAAAGGCAGUGGUGUUUUUCUGGAACUCAUAAAUCCUUUGUGAAUCCAUGAUCUGAUUGCCUUAAAAUUAUAGGAAUAAAUAUUCUAGAGGAUAAAUUGCAGAUAUCUGGGAAAGAGAUGCCAUUAUUUCACAGUAGUGAAAUGUUCGAACAUAGGAAAAUGCCAUUUGUUUCCAAAACACAGGGACUCUUCUGACUACUGAUGGUCACUCAUGUGACCAUGAUUUAUGUAGUGAUUUCAGUUCUCCCAUGUGAGCCUGGUCAGAUGGGAGCCUCUGCCAUGUGUUGUCUUCCUUGGUAAUAACCAUUUUCACAUAGCCAGCAAUAAGAAAAAACUUUUGUGAUCAGUUUAUCACCCCAUUGUUGAAUUCUUAAUGGGUUGUCUGAAUUUGUCCUGAAAUAAGUAGUUUUAUUUUUAUUUUUUCCAAGCCACCUCCUGGCCCUGUCUUCCAGACCUGAAUACUGGUACUGUGCAUUUUAACCUAUUUAGUGUGGUGAAAUAUAAUAUGAAGUUUACAACUGUCAACAUUUUGCAUCUUCAGUUUUCUUGAAAGUAAAAAUGUAUGAGUAGAACAGUUUUUAUUGGCGUGGAAUCUCCAUUUCUGAAAUAUUUUUGUCUUAAAACUGAUCUGCCAUAUUGAGUUUCAUGCCUACUAACCUUUCUUAUUAACUUUGGUGUUAAAUAAUUGGAUCAUUGUUAGAUGUGCCACUUGACCAAAUUCUAAAGCUUUCUUUUUAAAAGCAGAAUGAUACCUGCAACUAAAAAAAGCAGACACACUGAUCUCUCAAUGUUAAGACUGAAAAUUUAUCUCUAGUCAUAAGCAAAGGAAAACAAGAAACCUUAAGGGCUUAAACAUUGCAUUUAAAGAGAUAUAUUCAAUAUAGCUGCAUACCACCUAUUAACUUACAACUACCUUAUUACAAGUUGCAUAAUACUCAUGAAUGACAGCUUUUGAAAAUUCUCUUCUGAUAAGUCUGUCUUAGGAACCCUUGAUGCAUAUAUUGUCGGGACGCCCCAUCAAAUAUAUCAGUGAAUCAGAUGUGGGGAGCCUUUUGGUAUGGUUCCCACAUAUUUAUAAAGAGGCUAGGAGUCUUUGAGGUGCUAUAUAAAUAUCAGUUCAAGCCUGAAGCAGGUCUCAUUGUUUCACUGAGGGACCUAUCUGCUCAGAUGUAAGAUCUUUUUUGCCUUGUGCUGUUCUCUCACACCCCUUGUCUAGGUUUGUCCUCUGACACUAUGAAAUUAUAUGGCCUAUACAGAUUGGGAGAAAGCGGCAGACAGAGGCCGCCCCUUUCUGCCUCGGAUCGUGGUCACGCCAACCAAACUGCGCAGCAACGAUGUGCUGGAAAAAAGGAGCUGCGAAACGCGACUUCUUUUUCCACUGCUACCAAGGCUCCAUAAGGACCCUGGAGCAGCACUGUGACACCUCUCGUGUGCUAUGCCAUUUGGACACACACUAGCCAAAAAACUACGCUAAGCUGGAGAGGAGUGUAGGAAAAAGCCCAAAGCCUUGAUAUCAGCCAGUGUGCCAGGGAAAUUCUUUUCUGCUUCUCUAGCAAAACUGAUUGAAAGUUCCCUGGCACCAGGUCCACUUUAAGAAAACACGUUGUCUCUGGUUGGUUGACCUCUGAUUAGGUGGCCCUCAAGCCCAGCAUUGGGAGCCUAUGAAACUGGCAGGUCCCAAAACACUCAAAGAAGAUUGUAUCCCACCUUAUUAGCUUUCCAAUAUAGGCUAUAAAACAGACUCCUGGAUAAAUCUGGGACUAUUUUUUGUUCGAGUGAUCCAUAUUGCUUGGAUAAAGGGAGUAGUAGCUCAGCAAACCUGCAUUCAUAUUCCUGUAAACAGGUGCAGGCAUGAUGCAUUUUUCAAAGCCUCAUACACACAGGGAUUUCCCAUUACAUUGUAUGACAAGAAGAACUGUAUGCACAUGGAAGUGUCAUAUUGCAACCAUGAAGGAUUUUUUCUAAUAAAUAAUAGCAGUGAAA